AUGGCAAUUUCUGCUUCUAAAAUUUUCUUAUCACUUUCAAUGUUGAUAACUAUUCUUGUUUCAUUUCAAAUUACAAAUGGUCUAAAGACUCUAAGGGCUCCAUGGACUCCAGAUAGAGUAUACAUUUCCAUUACCAGCAACAUAACUGAUCUUCAGCUUGGUGUUCAUUGUAAAGAUAAAAAGCAUGAUAUUGGGUUUCGAUCAUUGAAAUUUGGAGAAAAUUACGCAUUUGAUUUUCAGCCUAAGGCUUUUCUAAGAGCAUCUUUAUACUUUUGUCGAUUUACAUGGGCUGAUGAAUUUCAUUACUUUGACAUUUAUAAGGAAACAAGAGAUCAUGAUAUAUGCAGCAAAUGUAAUUGGAAGAUAGAUAAAUCAGGACCAUGUAGAGAAACUGAGACAUCUGAUACAUGUUAUCCUUGGAACCCUAAUCAUGUUAUAGAAGGGAAUAAUACUCUUAUGGUGUAA